AUGAAAUAAGAAUCUUGGGAUGAUUUGCAUCUUGCUAAUGAAAAAUCAAUAACAAAGAUUUUAGAGCCAGGUGAGUAAGUUUUAUUUUCAAGUUUGCUGUAUAAAUUUAAUGAGGUGAAUAAAAGAUAAGAAAGAACGAUUCUUAUAACAACUCAUAAUCUAUAUAAUUUAUCGAAAUUGACUGUAAAGAGAAAAAUCCCAAUCAAAAGAGUUUAUGGGAUAACAAUAGGUUUGAUUGGAACAGAAUUUGUAGUGCAUGUUCCUGAAGAAUAUGAUUAUCGAUAUUCAAGUUCAGAAAGGAGAGAUUUUGCAGUUCUGUGCAUAAUAAAGGCUUAUUGUCAAUAACACAAAGGAGCAGCACUUCCGGUAUUUUAUAAAGAUGAACUUACUCUUACUGCCUAUACAACAACAAAAGUAGAUAAAAAAAAGGGAAUCAAUAGGUUACCAACAACAGGAUCAGAAUUAAUGAAUGAAGAUUAAUUUAGAAAAAGAUUAGAUUCUUAAACAGAGGAACGAUUAUAAACAAGAGCAAAGACAUCAACUCUUUAUGCAAAAUAGAAAGGUGAAGUAGUCACAAUAGAUGAUUUUGAUUUAAUUAAAGUAUUAGGUAGAGGAGCAUAUGGUAAAGUUAUGUUAGUUGAAAAAAAGAGUGAUAAAUAAUAUUAUGCACUAAAAUCUAUUCGAAAAGAAGAUGUUGCAGAUCCUGAAUAAUUAGAACAUACUAAAACUGAAAGAUUAGUUUUAGCACAUGUAAAUCAUCCAUUUUUAGUCUCUUUGCAUUGGGCAUUUUAAACACCUGAAAAAUUAUUCUUUGUUACUUAAUUUAUGAAAGGUGGAGAAUUGUUCUAACAUCUUAAACAUGUUAAAAGAUUUGAAGAGAAUAGAACUAAAUUUUAUGUUUCGGAAAUUGUAUAUUAUAAUUUAUUAUUUUUUAUAGAUUUUGGCAUUAGAACAUUUACAUACAAAGAAUAUAAUAUAUAGAGAUUUAAAACCAGAAAAUGUAUUAUUAGAUGAUUAGGGUCAUAUCUGUUUAACUGAUUUUGGUAUGGCUAAGAUGUUAAAAUAAAAUGAAUUAGCUAAAUCAUUUUGUGGUACACCUGAGUAUUUAGCACCAGAAAUUCUUCUUGAAAUUGGUCAUUCUAUGGCAGCUGAUUGGUGGGCUUUAGGUAUACUCACUUAUGAAAUGCUAUAUGCACUUCCUCCAUUUUAUAAUAAGAAUUAAGAUCUUAUGUUUAAAUAAAUUUAAACUAAAGAUAUAAAUUUUCCUACUACUCCUUAAAUUUCUAAUGAUGCAAAAGAUUUCAUCUAAAAAGUAAGGUUAUAUAUAAAUUUUUUUAGUUAACUAUUAAAGAUCCAAAACUUAGAUUAGGAUACAAUAAAACUGAUGAUGUCAAAAAUCAUCCAUGGUUAAAGGGUGUUAAUUGGGAUAAACUAUUAAAGAAAGAAAUUGAAACUCCUUUUAAACCAUAAAUUUAAGGAGAGGCAUGGCUCGAAAAUUUUGAUAAAUAGUUUACAGCAGAAGAAGCUAUUAAUUCAUAUGCACCUGAAAAUAAUUUAGUCAAUUAGGAUGAAUUCAGAGAGUUCGACUAUUAUUAAAAAUGAAAUAUAUAUCAAGUAG